GCAAUAAUACGUAAGUACCGAAAAUUCAUUGUUUAAUAUGUUUUAUAAUUGUUAAAAUUUGAUAUUUUAGAACUACCUCAUGGCUGGGAAAGAAUGGUUGGUGAAGAUGGACUCGUUUAUUUUGUUGAUCAUAUAAAUCAGAAAACGACAUAUACUGAUCCAAGAUUAGCAUUUGCAGUUGAAGAAAAGGAAUCACCAACUGAUAUAAGACAAAGAUUUGAUGCUAGUACUGUUGCUUUGCAAAUACUACAUGGGAGAGAUUUAGGAGGGAAAGUAGCAAUAAUAACUGGUGCAAAUUGUGGAAUAGGAUUUGAAACAGCCAGAGCACUGGCAUAUCAUGGAUGUGAAGUAUAUUUUGCAUGUCGAGAUAGAGAAAAAGCAAGAGAUGCUAUGGAUAUAAUUUGCAAGGAAAGACCAAAUUCAAACUUACAUUUUUUACCUCUGGACUUAGCUAAAUUGAAAAGUGUUUCAGAAUUCUGCAAAAAAUUUGAAAGAGAAAAAAAGCCUAUUCAUAUGCUAAUAUUAAAUGCUGGUGUUUUUGGUCUUCCGUACUCUAUAACAGAAGAUGGUUUUGAAACAACAUUCCAAGUGAAUCAUUUAGGACAUUUUUAUUUGGUAAAAUUAUUAACACCAAUACUGAUCAAAUCAGCCCCAUGCAGAGUAGUAGUUGUUUCUUCUGAAAGUCACCGAUUUUCAUAUAUUAAUAAAGAAAAUAUUUCUGAAGAUCGUUUGUCUCCCAAAACAACAGCUAAAGGCUUUAUAUCAAUUGUUACAUACAAUGAUUCAAAACUUUGCAAUCUUUUAUUUUCUAAUGAACUGAACAGACGUUUAUCUGGAAAAAAUGUGUUUUCAAAUGCAGUGCAUCCAGGUAAUGUUGUUAGCAGUUAUCUAUCACGUAGCUGGUGGUUGUACAGACUGCUUUUUGCUAUUGUUCGGCCUUUUACAAAAUCUUUGGCACAAGCAGCUUCUACCUCAGUGUAUUGUGCUGCAGCCCAUGAGCUUGAGGGCUGUGGAGGUAUGUAUUUCAACAACUGCUGUCGUUGUAGGCCUUCGGCAGCUAGUGAGGAUGAAGAUUUAGCUAAGCUUCUUUGGAAUAUCAGUGAAAAUAUGAUUGCUCGAGCUACUGAACCUAAAAUUGCUGUGACUGAUGUUGAAGAAUAAUUUUUUCUUCAGUUUGUUUUUUUAUUAUACAUGAAGCAAUCUAAAAUAUGUUAUAUUUCAAUAAAAAAUUCUCAAAAGACA